AUGUGUUUUCGUAUCAAUGUAAUUUCGGUCUUGACCUUUGGUCGAGCUGCUGAUUGCCGUUUACUCAGCGCGCUUUUGCGCCUUAAGUCUUAACUGUUUCGGUUGCUGGUAUAUAUUCAACAGCUCAUUUCAGCUAUGAAGCGAGUAGCUUUGUGCGUAUCCUGCUUGAGCGCAUGCCGAGCGAUCCGUGCGAUAUGGCAUCGCCGGAGAGGGCUCUUCGGCCUAAUGUAAACAAUUGACGUCCUGAACUUCAGGUCGCAGCUGGAACUGCAAGUCGCGCCUUUAAGGCUGCCCAUGGGUAGAAAUGCACAUGGCCAGCGACGUGAACAGUGAAUCUAGUGGGAGUGAUUCCGGCUCAACUCCGGAAGAAGAGCGGAUUCGGCGGCUCUUCCAGACCUGUGAUGGCAACGGGGACGGUUACAUUGACAGCCAAGACCUGUUGGCAGUGUGCCGUCAGCUGAAUCUCGAGCACAGCGUCGGAGAGCUGAUGGAAGAGCUCGGAGCUGAUGAGGAUGGGCGCAUCUCGUAUGCCGUGUUUCUUCGGAGCCGCAUGCAACUUAUGGGCGAGAUCAAAGCCCUCACACAUCAGGAGGAGGAGAAAACACUGGAAAAGUGCCCCGCUACAUCUGCACAGGCUUCAGGUUCCUGGAAGGCAGGGAGUGACGCUAGUCAAGGAGCUCUGUCUGAACGGCAUGAAAGUUGGGAGUUCGACUCUGGCACGCGAGACUUGAGCCCAGAGCCUAACACGCUACAGAGGUUGAUUGAAGCUUCUGGCGGGCCCAUACCCAGCAACACUGGUGACCUACUUGAGCUGGCGAACAAGUUACAUCUGGCUGCUAUAUCAUCGCUGAAAAAUGAAGUGUACGACCUCGCUGGUCGACUACAGCAAGUGUCCCAGGAGAAAGAUGCUCUGGAGAGGAAGCUGAGCAAACGGCAGCUGCAACGCCUGCAGGUUUCUCGGGACCAAGAAGAUCGGCUGGAACAGCAGGCACAGCGUUAUGAGGAGCGCAUCACAGAACUCCACAGUGUCAUUGCUGAACUCUCCAAGAAGCUGGACAUCCAGAGGUCUGCAGUGAUCAAGGAAGAGGAUGAGUACAGUCAGCAGUCGGGAGAUGAAUCAAGGAUCAGUGAUGUCUUGAGCCAUUGCACAAGCAACGAGAACUUAGCUACAGAGUCUAUUAGUGACAAAGACAACGAAUCCCCACCAGAGUUUACUGAUGUUAUUUCCGGAAAAUGUACCACCACAGAAGUAGUUGUUCCAGUGCAAACUCAUGAAGGAGAAGAUACCAGUAGUGGCCUUGGAGACAAUGAAAGCUUUGAUGAGAAGCCCCAGGGCUUUCGCAGUAGCAGUAGCAGCCAUGGCGUGCGUGGUGGUCACGUGACAAGUGUAGAGCACCGUGCCACAUCGUGCCAGAGCUUACAGGCAUCCCAGCUGCAGGAGGAAAUGGCGGCUCUGCGGUCACAAAAUAUAAGCCUGCAGGAGCGGCUGGCCCGCCAGGAAGCCGACUUGCAGAGGGCAAGGGCUGCUACAGCUGCACUACGUGAGGACAGGGAUCGCUGCCAGCGCAAGUUUCGUGACCUCCAGCAACGUGUUGCCACAAGUCCCCAGAGUAGCUGUGGUCAGAUUCCAGGUGGCAGCGCAUCCCCAUUGGCUGAGCAGGCGGCACAACCUGUGGCCAAGAUGGCUGAGCGAGUCCGCUUGCGCAAAACAGAACCCCCUGCUUCACCGAGGCUCAUCCUUGGAUCAGAAAUGGCCAGCCUUGGGAUCUCCAGCAGCAAGGUAGCUGAGCAGCUGGUGCAACAGCUGCAGGAAGAGGCACACACUCAGGAAGCCAUUGCUGCCCAGCGGCUCUGCUCUUCAGGCUCUCCCCUUCCCGAGGGCCGUGUACGUGAAUUUGAAGUGGAGAUAGAGCGUCUAAGCAGCAAGGUGGAGCACCUCCGAUGCCAAAAUGACCUUCUUCAGCUGGCACUGGAAGAGAGCCGAGGCCAGUGCGAUCGGCUCAGUGUGCUUCUGGGAAAGCAUGAGUCGAACCAGACUGCCCUGCAACUGGCCCUGGCCUGUAGCGAUCGAGCUCUAGAGGCAUUCGAUGCAUUGCUAGCCCUGGCUGACACUGGUCGACCUCUGACAAACUACAGAGCAGCUUCCCCUUUGGAGGAAGAGGAGAUCAUGUGCCGCGCCCAAGAAGAGCGGCGGCUAGCUGAGGGUCUGGCCCGGCAAGUCCUUCACCGGCUCGACCGUCAUUGCGGGGGUGCCUUGGCAGUGACCUCACCUGGCUGUGUGGCAGCCAGCCCCUGGGAGGACCUCUCUUCACACAGCCACACCACCAGCACAACCAGCUCAACUUCCAGCAGUUGUGAUGGUGGCGAAUUGACUAAGGUCGAGGAGCAGCGCCUGCGUGAGCAUCUGGUGCAGCUGCGCGACGAGCGUGCAGCUUUGAGAGCCACACUGCUGGAGCUGGAGAGUGUGCACAUUGAACCGCGUGGUGCCACAACACUUUUGGAUGCCCACAAGCUUGACCUGGAGAAUGCUGUGCUCAUGCAAGAACUUAUGGCCAUAAAGGAGGAAAAGGCUGAGCUGAAGGCCCAAAAUUACCUGCUGGAGAAGGAGAAGGCUGCACUGGAACUGCGAGCUGGCAGUUGGGAGGCCCGGGAACAGGCCUACCUGGUCUCCAUUGAGCACCUUAGAACACAGUUGGCUGACGUGCGGCCACCUCAGCAACCUCCAGUGAGACUGGAAGGCACCAGUCCGGAGAUUCAGGAGCUGGCUGAAUCCCAGAAGCGGGAGAAAAGCCUCAAGGCACGCGUCGAUGAGCUUGUUGCCACGCUGGAGAAGAUCACCAAGAAUGCAGAGCUCCGUUCCCGGCAGUCGGCAGAAUUCGUCGAUGAUCUCAAAAGGGCUAACAGCGCCCUGGUAUCAGCAUUUGAAAAAGUCAAGAAGAAAAAUAUGGCCAAGCUCAGGAAGGUGGAACUGCAAAUGGCGGCCAUGUCUGAACGACAUAACUCACAGGUGCAAAUGUUGAAGCAGCGAAUAGCAAUGCUUGAAGGCUCCGGUCUACGCCAUGCCUUGCCUCUCUCAGGAAGUGAGACAUCUCUAUAAGGUGGUACACAAGUGAAGUUCAGAAGGAUGAGUUGUUGGUCAUUGAAGUAUCCUAGCUUCUUGUUCAGUUAGUCCAAGUUUCUGAAGUGUUUGUCUUAGUCAUGCCUACAUGACUCCAUGCAGUUCCUCUGUGUACUCAUAUUGGUGCCGUAUAUAUACAUAUAACACCCAAUGAAGUUCCUCUUUUGCCUGUUUGUUUGCGGUUUCUUCAAUAAUGACUAUAGGCGUGUUACUGUGUAAUGUUACGUGAGAAGAGAAAGGCAUUGUACAGAAGUCCCUGUCAUGAGUGUGUACUUGUCUAGUGUGUAAAGUAUGGUCAUGACAUUGCAGGUGGUUUACAGCAGUGCUUGUGAAAAUUUAUGACAAACAUCUUGUUGCUUCUGUAUGCAAUCAAGGACCAUUUGCCCGAGAAGUGUGUGUGAUAUGGGGUCUACUGGUCUACUUUAAUUUGUUUCCCAGAACAAGAAAAAAAGCUGCAGUGCGUGGCCGUCAACUUCAAUGUACCACUUUAUGCGGGAGCAGUCGGCCGUUUUAGAAGGAAUACUGUGCGAUUAGCACAGGUUAUUGAGCAACAGUUAGUGGAGGUCAGUUCUGCCCACUUUAUUCUUAAGUUAGCUGUUUCUGACCCCCCCCCCCCAUACUCGGAACACUUGUCUACUACUACCUGCAUACUCCUGUGAGCAAUAUGGCAGGGGACACACAAAGCUGCAGUCAAGAGAGCAUAGCAGCUAGACAUCUACACCAAAUGCACAAUGGGAAAGCUACCUAGUAUGUAUGCACAUGGCAAUUUUGAAUCCGCAUGUUACAAGUUACUCUGCUUAAAACAGCUUUGGUGUUCUCUGUCAUACCACUCAUGAGUGUAUAUAUAGCACCCAUAUCAGCUGCUAUGUGUGUCUUGGAUCUAUUGCACAUUGGAUCUCGGUCUGUGUCUGCCUGUUGAAUCUGAAAUCUAAUCAGCUACUUGUGGAUGUAUUCAAAUGGCAACAAGACCUUAAAGAGUUGGUAGAAUUACAUUUAGUAACUGUCUGAGCAUGUUUAAUUCAUUAUCAUUAGAGCCUGAUUUAUAUUCUGCUUUUUGUUUAGAGGAAAAUUUGAGCUUGUUGUUUUUUUAAAGCCUAGUGAAGGUGCCUUUCAUAAACAGUUUGCUUGCAUGUGACAUUGGAAGUGCCACAUGAGUUUAACUUGCGAUCUCAUAUACUUUUGUUAUGCUGCAGCUAAAGACCAAAUUUAAUUUUCAUGCUUUUUUGUUGUUUUCUCAGCAUUGUAUUUCUGUCAUGGAUGUACUGGUUGAGUAAGUGGCAUUACAUUUCCUUAGUCUCUACACCGGUGUGUACAACAUCCUUCUCAAGGCUUAAUUCAUCUGACUUGUCUUUGUGAGCGCCUUUAAUAGCUACGUACAAUUGUUUGUAAGCAUGGGUACAAGCCGUAGUGAAGCAUCAAUGGCAUUUGGUGAAAUGUCGGUGCAUGCAUUAGUACUUUUCCAAAGGCAUUUACUGCAUUAAAUGCAGAAUAGUCAGGGUUUGUAAGGCGUUUACUCCAACCAACCCACAUUUCACGUUUGCCACUGAAAAGUAGCCAGUUAGUCAUCUGCCUCCACCUUCUUGUGUUCUGAUGAUGUGGGACCAGCCUUUAUUGAAUCUCACAGCUGCUUAGAGCAAUCAGUAUCCUUGAACACUGUUCAAAGAAGGAAGCUGCUAGACUGUGCCUUGGUCGAGGCUGCUAAUAAUUCACCCUGUAUACCUAGUCAUUAGAACAGCUUGUCACAGCUAUCUAAUAAUCCAGUCAUACAAGGCACUUUUCAUUGCAGUCGAGUCUGAUUUGAAUCAAAUUUCUCGAUUGUGAUUGGCACCCUUUCGUGAGAUGAGAAGCUAAACAAUCGUGACCAAGAAAUUUGAUCAUGAUGCAAUUGAUACUGCCCCAUUUUACCAGGAUAUAACUUACCUUACUCAGCUGCGCCUAGUGAAUUUUUUUUCUUUCUAACUCGCAGCAGCAUUAAAACUCUGAGUGACCUGCAAGACUGCAGACGUACCAGGGUACAAUGAGGUAGACAAAUAUCCGGUAAUGUAGCAAAUUCACAAGGUGUGUUCAGUGAAUGUGUGUGUGAUUUAUCUUUACUUUGCAUUUAUUCACUACAAGAUUGAUGGGACUGCCCGGUGUUUUCAUAAGCAGUCCUGGUUCUCACAUGCAUUGUGUGCUCACACAUGCCGAGGAGCAAACAGUAAUUUCUUCACACUUGUUUUUUCUUCCCUGGGGCACUGAACUUAACUCUUUGAACGUGAAGCUUAGGCCCAUAUAAACCAGUGGCCAGUAGCCUGAAUGGUAGAUGCAAUUUGGUGGACCGCUUCAUUCGGAAUCGACGUAGUAACAUAUUUGCACAACUACAGCUUGAGUUCUCUUACUAUUUGUGCGUAACCAGCCUGAGGAAGCUCCUCACAUUAUAUUUUGGAAUCGUGCUUCGAAUAUGUAAUACAAGAUCCCCCGCUCAAAUCCCCACCUGCACUUUCGUACCUCAAAACGCGGUGAGCUUUAGCCACCAGACAACUAGGUGCUCAUUGGCAGGAGGUGGAAAUCUGCACAGUGAGAGCAUAUCACAGGGAAACAGCAAAAUGUGGUCCAACUACACCGAGGAAGUAUAUCUAGGGACUUUCAGACCAAUAGACUCUUUUCACUAGAGCAAUGCUUGUCCAUGCAGCCUCACUAAGCAAAUGACAACUGCUGUGGUGCACAAAUAUCUGACUUCUCUGUGCAGUACAUCAUACUCUUUUUAGAAAAUUGUAUAACAGCACAGUUGGCAAACUAUUAUCGUGUAGCAUAUAGCCCACAUAUAGCCCAUUGCUGGCAUGGAUUGCAAUAAUGGACUCCUCACUACAUUAUGCUAAAAGAAGACCACAUUCUAAGUUCACAAACAGGGCUACCUGGUCACAUUGUAUUCACAUAAGUACAAUAUACACACUGUUUUUAAGAUCCUCAGCCACAGCAAGGCAGUUCUAAAAAGUGGAAGCUAGGGCAUGUAAAAGAAAUGCAAACAUCUUGCCUAGGAAAGUUUAUAGCAUCCUGCAUUGAUUCCUCUGCAUGGCAUCGACCAUCAUGCUGAGUUUAGGCUUUAUCACCACGAACAUAUCAAUAAUUUCCACAACAAAUGCUGACAAGCUUCUUGUCCCUCUCACAAGUUUAGUGCAGUUGCAUGCCAGAUUUUGAUAUGGUUAUCCUACUAAUUGCCUUCUGUGUGACCUAGUAAUCCCUGAUUUAAUAUGUGGGCAGUAGUGUUAACAAAAUCGGCCCUGUGGAAAUCCAUGGGCAGCAAAAAAAAAUUCAUAAAAGGAAUGUUUGCUGUCCACCUGCUUGAAGCAGAAGGCUAUACAAACUCAAAUCCUUGGAGUGGAAACUUUGCAAAUUUGUAAAAGAAUUCUCAUUAUGGUUUGGGAAUUGAACCUAGGAUUGUCAACAACCUAGGACAAAGAAAUCACUGUACUGUGUGAGCUGAUCACAGAUUAGUGCAAGGUUUAAUUAAUCGGCAACUCAAAAUGCUGCGAGUAGGAUUGUUUGACUAGUGAAAUCUUUAAUUUGCAUACAAAUGCUAGAAAAUGUUGAGCUUAACUACUGAACUGUGUACCGAACAUAUCCUCAUUUAUAAAUGUAGAAAUGUGCUACUUUAAAUCACGGCUACCCUUUUUCAUGCCCAGCUUGCAGGCUCUGAUAAACAUAGCCUGAAAAUGUAUUUAGGACCUGAUGUGGUGAAAUUGUGGCCAAGGCAUGCUAUAGCUUAGAAUGAUUGUGUGUUUAGUUUGUACCUGCAGUAGCAGCUUUUUGAAUGGCAAAUUCAAGUACACUCUAUGCAACACCAAUAGCCAAAAUUGAUCUGAAGUCGUUUGCUGGGAAGUAGCUUGUAAGCAUGAUGACUUGUCUUUGUGCAUAAAAUGUAUUAUCUUUGUGGUUGUUAUUGUUUUUUAUUAUGUCUAAGUGAGUGAAAACUGUCAUGUGUCAUUUUGAUUAGAUGUUUCAACAUAUGGUGGCGUGUUAUUUGCGCUGGCACAACGCACGCAUAAACUUGGCACCUUGCCAGCUAGUAUUAUUGUAUACUACAAGACUCUACUGUUGAACCUCUUACAUGUAUUUCAAGAAUACCUACAUUGCUUCAAAGGAGAUAUAACACAGAUAUAACAAAUUAUCAGACAUGGUGAAGCAAAUCUAAAACUUGAUUGGCCGUGCUUUAUUUCAGUGAAUAUUUUCCUGCUAUAACGAAACCAAAAAAAUGUGUCAUCCAACAUAAUGUCGGUUAUAGCAAAGCAAAUUUUUGUUUGCACAUGACUGAUAUUAUGUAUUCUGGUUACAAGAGUGCAAAAACAACUUGGCAAGAGCAGCUUGAAGUAGCCCAUUCUGGAUGAGGGUGUACGUUUUGGCCAGCUGCUUGGCUUGGUUAAGCCACAGCUGGCAAGCCAAAGUGCAAAUCACAUGUUGUCACACAGUUACACGGUUGUGUAUCAAUGAUGGCGCAAAAUUUAUGUAUGCGAUAUAGCAUUGAUCCCAAGCAAAAAAAAAUGAAAAAGAAAAAAAAAACAUCUGCAAGGGACACCUUGCUGGCCCAUUGGAGGGGAGGCAUCAAUCCCGAUUGCGUCUUCUUCGCAUAGACUUGAUUUGUCUUGCAGAUAUCAGUGUGUACUCUUAUAACAAAUAUUGCAUAUAAUGAGGUUCAACUGCAUUAGUGUGUUUUAGCAUAUCAUAGCUACUCUAAGAAUAUUGAUACUGUUCCUACCAGCUGCCAGCCUUUACAUAUGCUAAGUCAAAUCUUGUAUGUACAGCUAGGAUGCGCAAAAGCUGGCAUGUGGCCAAAGCAGUAACAGUAACAAUACAGUGGUAGUGGUAUGUUAAAAUGCACUUGCCUUAGUGAAAUGCCAUUAUUUCCAUUAUUUUGCCUGUCAAAUGCAAUUUCACACUGAGUGCACAUGGUAUUUUUCAAUCGUGUUAAAGGGACACAGAAGAGAAACACCAAAUCAGUUUAGAUUGAUAAAGUAUUGUUGAAGGGCUCUACUUCAUUAAUUUCAUGUUAAUUGAUGAAAAGCUUAUUUUCAAAUUUCACUCCAAGACAAGUACAUCAGUGUGAUGUGACAAAUUACAAAGCAUCUUUUUGCAUUUUGGUCGUCGUGGUGCAGUAAAUAGUCAUGAAACAUCAUAAGUUCAGUCUUUAGCUCUUUUAGAAUACACAUAGUCCAUUUGUGGUGAUAAAGAUUUAACUUUCUCUUUCCUCUUUCUGUAAUGAAGAAAGGAAAUAAACUUCAAACUUCAAACUAUGCCUAAGCAGACGGCAUCAAAAUCCAGAAUGUCAUGGCAUUUCAAGGCAGUGUUGCCAUCGGUCUUUCAGUUUCCUUUCUUUCUUUUUUUUUUCAUCUUUUCUGGCUUACCAAGCAUAUCCUCACAGUAAAAGUGUCUUUUUUGGUAAUGUUCAAGGGUAAUUUACCAAUUGAGCUCAAAUUGUUUUUUCUCUUUAGUGUCCCUUUAACUUGAGGCAAAGCGCAAAAUAGCAUAUAAGACAACAGAAGGGAACACAGAGACAGCACUGCUAACAACUGAACUUUAUUGCACAUGGUUACCGCAUAUAUACGAUAGUACAACAGGAAGAAAAAAAGCCACCGUCGCAACAUAAGCAAAAUAUCCACCAUAGGCCGCUAGCGCGAAAGGAACAAGAUUUCCUUCUUUGAAAGUGAAACAGAUGGGCAACUUAGAGUUAUUGUUCUAAUCAUUUCAAAUGCCUCAACGAUCUCCCUAGUCACUUGAUCUGGGUUUUUAUAUAUCACUUGUGAUUUGUGAAACAAGUGUUUACGGUCAUAACACUGAUUUCAGCUAAAUGACCAGUCUUUACCAGAUUAUUGACAUUGUUCGAAUGUUCCCAUACGCGAUCGUUGAGGCACCUUCCCAUCUGACCAAUGUAUGCCUUCCUGCAGGCUAAAGGAAUACGGUACACCACUCCUUCUAUGCACGAAACAAACUCUUCUCAGUGUCAUGGCACCUCUUUGUAGUAUUGUUAACUUUCAUGCACAAACCAGACAGUCUCAAAGGGGCUGAAAAGACGAUGUCAAUGCCAAUACGAUUCCCAAUUUUCUUCAGAUUAUGGCUAGCUUGGUGCAGGUACGGCAUGACCACCACGUUUCUGCCUCUGCCUUGUUGGGCAGCGGAAUGCAGGGAUCAUCUCGUUUUCUUAGCAGGCUGCCAGCCACUGCAGCAGCAUUCGCCAGGGGUAGCCAGCUGCACUUAGGCGUGAAACUUGGCUUUCAAAGCAUUUUUGAAACAAAGGUUAAUGAUUGUUCGAGAAAACAAGCGUAAGAUCUAAAAACCUAAUGGAACCAUUAGUAGGCUCUUCACAUGACAAAAUAAGAGGUUGGAAGAACUCGAAAAAAACUGAACAGGAGACAUAGCAGAAGCCAAGCAUUCAUCGUCACAUUGUAGAAACACUAGGUAAUCAUUGACAUACCUAAAUAAUUUUGCUACCUCUGAUCCUUCCAAGCUAGUGCACAGAAUCAUAUCGUAAUGAGCGAGAACUAGAUCACUUAAGAGAGGCGUGAGGCAAGAACCAAUGCAUACGCCUUCUCUCUGUAGAAAUGCUGAGUCACUUUCAAAGAAGAAAAUCUUGUUCCUAUCGCGGUAGCAGCCUACGGUGGAUGAUUUUGUCAAAAAGAAAUCUGUGUUGCAAUGGUGGCUUUUUUUUUUUUUUCAUCCUGUUGUACCAUGGUAUAUAUGGGGUAACCACGUGCAAUGAAAUUCAGUGGUUAGUAGAGCUGUGUCUUCAUUCCCUUCUGUUGUCCAGUGUGCUAUUUUGUGCUUUGCCUCAAGUUAUGCAGUACCAACUGGCCAACCAGUCUGUUCUCUUGUCCCUUUAAGCUAACCUGUCAUUCCUUCACAUUUGAAAAGAGUUUUUCCCGGCACUGUAUGGUGAAGGUUUGCAUGAAGUUCGUUAGCACAAGCACACUUAUCUUACUGGCCAAAUUGAGAUAUGCAUCAAGUACACAAAUCUUUUAUGCUCUUGUCAUUGUCAUUUGCGCACUCCAUUAUAGCCCUAGCCUGGCGCAAUUUUUUUUUUUUACAUCCAGGAGAGCAGCUCUGGCAUGUGUUCUUUUAUUUAUUUUCUUGCUAUGUGAUUGUCUCUGUACAAGCCUGGUUUUGCCAUUGCAGGCUCUUUUUCAUGUCUGUAACAGUUUUCUUGUAGUGAUUUCUUUUCCAUUGUUUUAUACAUGUAUGAGUGCCUCUGCGAUUUACAUCUGGCCUCUCAACAGGGUUGUUUAGUGUAACAUAUUGAUUAUAAGUGGCAUAGGAAUUAAUUGCAUUUGUACAAGACUUGUAUACCCUAACCAUACCCUAACUGACGUGAGGGUAGUCUUAGGAAAAGAAUUACCUUCACCAGGUUAUGCAUCGAAUAUACUUUUACAUGUAUGGUCACAAUAUUGAAUCGAACAUAGUAUUUUUUUGUAUGCUCAUUCUUGCUUUCUUUCUGUUGAUUUGAGAUUGAGCUGCACCAUUGCUUACUUUUUUGUGCCUUGAACAAGAAAAGUUUUUUAUGCUCUGCUGCUAGGAUAUGCUACUGCAUAUAUUGCUGCCUGUCUAAUAGUUGCAAUAUCGUAUCUGAUGGCUGCGUGUAUUGAGCCAUUUAGGAAAAUGCAAUCACCAUCAGCGCUUGCUAAACAACUCUAGGGGUACAUAUUACUCCCUAGACUUGAACCAACUCACCCCGCAACAUAUUCUACUUGCUAAACGAUGUUAUACAUGGCGUACACAGAAAAGUAUGCAAGAGAAAAUGUGUACACACCUACCCUCCCAAUCCUUCUUAAUCCGUGCAGGGUUUGUAGCUUUUGGAGGCAAUUUCAGGGUUGUGUAACUAUAGUGUGGGUGUUCCCAUAGGCUGUGACAUCAUUUUGUACUUUCUUCUUAUCAUGUAACCAAGGUGACUUUCACUGUUCAUAUUGUUUACCUCACAAAGAAUCUUUGUUGAUGCAUAUGUUGUGGCUUGUUGCCUUGCCAGAGGAGUCUGGACCUAUCUUUGUACAAGGAGUUCUUACAGGAUAUGUCAGUGCUGCUGUGUCAUUUCUUUAGUAUAAUCUGCCAUAUAGUGCCAGCCAGCUUUGCUGAUUUUGGGUCUGGGGUACUGCACAAUCUCACCCUUUAAGAGCUGUGUAUAUUAAAUGCAUGCGAGGGCAUUAAGAAUGCGUUUUGCUGUAACCAUGUGCUAUUAGGCAAAGUUUCCUUCAAAAAUUACUAAACCAAGCUGCGGCAGCUCCAAGUAUGGCAUUUCAGCCAGGAUAGGAAUGGUGGGCUAGUACCUAUGUGGAUUUGCCUGAGCUUCAACCUUCUGACUUCAAAUGUCUUUUGUAACUUUGCAAGUUGUUCAACACAAUAUUGCAUUAUGAAUGCCACUGCUCACAGUGAUUAUGCAUGUGAACGAGUCUUGUUGCCUUCUGCAUUUAGAAAAUUAAAACUGCUUCGAAAUCUAGGUCAAUAAUGGUAGAUGAAGCAUAGUAAACAAAGCCACAAGAUUGUCUGAAGCCAUGGGCAUGAAGGUGAAACAAAUCCAUGUAGUACUAACCAUGGCAGCGGAAUGAUAGCAUUGCCAGAGUUCCUGCUAGCAAUUUUACUAGCAAACUCUAUGCUAUUAGAACCCUCUCGACGGUCAUGCCGUGUAGCCUUCAAUGUUGGUUGCUUUUGUUGCGUGCACUAUAUUAUUACAGAAUGUUGAUGACCUUCCCUGUGGGAAACCUGUUUUCAGCAAGUAUGCAUGUCAUGAAUUCUAUACCUGUAUACAUAGUUAAUUACUGACAGUGUAUGUAGUACUGUUCUGCCUGUAUGCAAUGGGCAUAAUGACAUGCAAUAGAUUCAGCAUACGUGUCAGCUAUCUAUGCACCUCUCCGAGAGGUUUUUUUUUCUCUAUAUUAAGUCAAACAUUUGACAGCAUGAGGUGCUAAUGGCGAGAUACCUGACUACAAAUGCACCAUAUCAACAACUGAGUCAUUAUUUUUUAAUUUGUUUCCUCUCACUUUUCUUUUUUUAACAGCUAAGUAUAUAUACUUAUGCAACGAUUAUUUCUACCUUCAGCAUUAUUUUAUUCUGACAUAUAUUUAAAUGUGUACAAGUUUACUCACUGCCGUGCUUUAUUUCUCUUAAGUCAAAUAUUUUUUCGACCUUUACCUGCAAUUAGGAUUUACAUGCAGAUAGUAGUUUUCUCAAAUUCCAGUGGAUGACAUGCAAAAGUUGUCAUCUUCAAAUUAGCGUGCCAAAUUGCUGUGGAACUUAAGUCAGUACAAAAUAUAGACUCAGAUUCCAGUACAGGUAACAAUUUUUUAUUCAUAUUGCGUUCUGCAGUAAUGCUGAGUAGCUUUUCAUCAGGGUUGCAGGUUGCAGGUAGAUAUGUGUGUACCAUGUAUACGCAACCAAAGAUAUGUGUAAGAAUGCACAGUUUCUAGCUUUCUACUGUCUUUUUAUGGCAGGUUCACGAUCGAAAUAUUCUUGAUUUUUUAAACUUGAUGUGCCUACUUUACAAGGUGCAUUUUAUUAUUACUGUUGUACUUUGCUAUGUUCAUUUUCUUAAGGGGGCCAUGCUGGCAUCACAUAUUUACAGGUGUCUUUUGUUUUAAUAAAGUCAGUGCUUUAUCUCUCA